AUCCAAUUUCAGCAGUCUAAAACUCUUCAAAUCGACUAAUCUAAUAAUCCCCUUUUCGCCAAGCUCAAAAAAAUGGCAAAAACCCUAGUAAUCUUCACCAUUGUUCUUCUCCUGUUCGCCAUUUCUAUAUCUUCUUCAAACCCGGAUCCGAAUCCGGACCCGAAUCCGGAUCCGGUACCAUCUGAGGCACACAAGGAGCUAAUCAGAUUCGGGUUUCCCAUAGGGUUACUUCCCAGGAACGUUAAUGGGUAUUCUCUGAACUCCAGUUCCGGCGAGUUCCUGGUUUCUCUGGGUGAAAAGUGUAAAAUUACUCUUCCUCCAGACAAUUACCUUGCGACGUAUUCGAAGAAAAUUAGGGGGAAAAUUGUUGAGAAUCGUAUUGCGGAGCUUGAUGGGAUUAGUGUAAGGGCUUUUUUUAAGUGGUGGGGGAUUACGGGAAUCAGAUCUAGUGGUGAGAAUUUGGUUUUUGAAGUUGGAAUGGUUACUGCUAAAUACCCUUCUAUGAAUUUCAAUGAAAGCCCUUAUUGUGAAGGGAAAAAGCGUUCCUCUUCCUGAGGGUAUUUGUCAACUGCUUCCACUUAAUGGCUUAUGAAAUAAGCCCAACAGUAUUGGGCAUGAUGGUGCUUGAUAAAAAUCAAAGUUCUCCUAUCACAUUAUCUUAUCCGAUCGAUCGAUGAUUUAAUCAAUUGUGCAACAGUUUCUAGAUGUACUGUAUAUAUAUGCUCUUAUUAUUAUGUUAUCUGGAAUGUCAUUAAUAGCUAAUAGAGAAGAUUGUUGACUCUUUACCUCUGUAUAGUAUAUUUGCUGCUGCUGUGGUUGUGACCUUGGAGUUGAUUUAAUGGCUAAUAGAGAGUUUUUUUCUCUUCAA